ACGGGACCGACACGAACCGGACCGGACGAUCCAUGAAGCUCCGUCGGUGUUCCGGUUAGCUCAGCGGGGAGCUAGCCGCCGUUAACCGCCGGUAGGCUCCCGGUAACUCCCGGUAACUCCCGGUAGUAGCUCCCGGUAGUAGCUCCCGGUAGUAGCUCCCGGUAGCCCCGUUAGCUCCGCAGCUGUUUAUUUAUAUCGGUGUGUGUUAUGUAAGAGACGAGCCCGGUAACCGAGCUCCCCGGUAGCUCCCCGGUAGCCGUUAGCUCCGUUAGUAGCUCCAGUAGUCCCGUUAGUUAGCCGGUAGCUCCCCGGUAGCUCCCCGGUAGCUCCCCGGUAGUCGUCGGUAGUCGUCGGUAGUCGUCGGUUUCAGGAUGAACGACGCGCAGCAGGAAAUGUCUCCGGACUUCGUCCUGAUGCGGCUCGUCUCCGCGGCGGAAUACGACCGACUGGACGAACCGGCGGACCUGCUGUCCUCCGGUCUGUCCUCCGGUCUGUCCUCCGGUCUGUCCUCCGGUGGCGGGUUCGGGCCCGUUAAAGCGGGUCUGGAUCUCUCUCCGGGCCUCGGCUCCGGGUCCGGCUCCGGUUCCGGUUCGGCCUCCCCUCACUACAGCUCCCCGCUGCCAGGUAGAGGAGAUCUGGACCUGGACUCCGGUCUGCUGGAUCAGAACCCGGCGCGCUGCGACCCGCCGAGGUCUCCGCCAGCGCCGGAGGACUUCAGCUUGGCGGCGCAGCGGUUCGUGGACUUCCCGGUGCAGCACGGCCCGGGGGGGCAGCUGAUGGUGUUUCAGAACCUGCUGCGGUCCGGAGACCGGAUCCUGGAGUGCGGUCUGGAGCCGCCCCCCCCGGGGUUCCUCCAGGAGGACGCAGAGAGACAGAGACGGCAGCUGGACUCCGGACCGGGUUCUGGUCCCGGUAGCACGACGGUUGGACCCGGAGGAGGGAAGGACCAGAACCUCCCGUCUGCAGAGGAGAACCUGCAGACCCAGAUCCUCCAGUGGCAUCCGGUCCUCAGACUGUCCAAGGGGUCCGACGGGUCCCGGACCCCCCAUCGGGACAUCCCGGGUCUGGACUCGGAGUCCGGGUCGGUCCUGUGCCAGCGCCAUCGCCUGCUGACGGACCGGCUGGCUAAGUGGCCCCCGGGCCUGCUGGACCAGGCUCUGCGUCUGGGCCUGCUGGAGCCCAGGAAGAACUACAGCGGGACCGAGGACCCGGUACUGGCUCUGGCCCGGAGGCUGGGCCGGCUGGAGGGAGGCGGCGGGGGGGACGAGACGGCGGUCCCGAUCUCUCGCUGCUCGUGUCACGGCGUGCUGGCCUCGGGGUCGGGGGGCGAGGACCCGAGCGAGACCAGCGACGCCCUGCUGGUCCUGGAGGGUCUGGGUUCUGAGGAGGUGGGAGGGCUGGGGGACGUGGGGGAUGCUGAGAAGGGGGACGGGGUGGGGGGGCCGUGUGGGGGGGCGGGGCCCGGGUUCUCCGGCGGGACGCUGAGCGGUCUGAUGCAGCAGGUCCACAGACUGGCGGAGGAGGCGGGGGUCUGCACCGAUCAGAACUGCAGGUCUUCUCUGGCGGUCCUCAGCGCCGCCGUGUCCGUAGACCCCCGCCCCCCCACCAGCAGCCCCUACCCCCCCGCCCGUCCUGCCGUACCCCUCGGCGGUCUCCGAGUCUCCCCCGACCCCCUCCCGUCCUCCAGCCCGGACCCGGCCCAGCGCCCCCCCCAGCAUCAGCACCAGUCCCGCUCCCAGCCCCAGAGCCGCGCCACCACCCCCAAACUGGGCGUGGCCUCGGGGGGGCGGUCCUCCUCCCCCCUGGUGGUCCUGGAGGGGGGCGGGGAGAAGACGCCACGGGGGAAGUCCAGGAAAGGGGGGUCCCUGAAGGUCCGGCUCAGCAAGCUCUUCAGAACCAAGAGCUCCAGCGGCGGGUCGGGGGGGCUGCUGGACAAACGUCCCUCGCUGGCGUCCUCCACGUCGUCGGGGGGGAGUCUGCUGGACGUCUGGGGGUCCACCUGCAGCAACACGGAGCCGGACAGCAGCAGGCUGCAGGUCAGACCUCACAGUGCCUUCUCUCCGGUGCCCUUCACACCUGCUUUCACCGGUGAGACGGUGUCUCUGGUUGAUGUGGAUAUUUCUCGGAGGGGGGUGAACUCUCUUCCCCCCCCGACCCCUCCCCCCCCUCCCCGACGGAGUCUCAGUCUGCUCGAUGAUUUCGGGGGUCCUCCUCAGCAGCAGGGUCCGUUCACAGAGCGCAGUGUGGGGGCGUCCAUGCAGUCUCUACCCCCCCGACCGCUGGCUCUGCCCCCCUCCCUCAGCGCCAUCCAGCACAGCCUCAGCCUCAACGACACCUUCCUGAGAGGUCUACCGAGGCCGGUCCCUCUGCGUCCCGACGGUCAGCAUCCUCCUCCCCGACUCGCCCCCCGCUGCCCCCUCAGUCGACCCGACGCCGGCAGCUUCGCCACCAGCCUCCGAGAGCUGGAGAAGUGUGGCUGGUACUGGGGGCCGAUGAACUGGGAGGACGCUGAGAUGAAGCUGAAGGGGAAACCUGACGGAUCGUUUCUGGUUCGAGACAGUUCAGACCCUCGAUACAUCCUGAGUCUGAGCUUCAGGUCGCAGGGAGUCACACACCACACACGCAUGGAGCACUACCGAGGGACCUUCAGUCUGUGGUGUCAUCCCAAGUUUGAGGAUCGUUGUCACUCGGUGGUGGAGUUCAUAGAGCGAGCUAUCAUGCACUCAAAGAACGGGAAGUUCCUGUACUUCCUGCGCUCCAGAGUCCCCGGUCUACCCCCGACCCCGGUCCAGCUCCUGUACCCGGUCUCCAGGUUCAGCAGCGUCAAGUCUCUGCAGCAUCUCUGUCGCUUCUGCAUCAGACAGCUGGUCCGGAUCGACCACAUCCAGGAGCUGCCGCUGCCCACGCCUCUGAUCUCCUAUCUGAGGAAGUUUUAUUACUACGACCCCGAAGAGGAGAUCAGCCCGUCCCUGAAGGACAGAGGACCUGAGCCCAGCCGCCAGCCGGGGGUCCAACCGCCGGGGGUCCAGCAACCGGGGGUCCAGCAACCGGGGGUCCAGCCGCCGGGGGUCCAACCACCGGGGGUCCAGCAGCCGGGGGUCCAACCACCGGGGGUCCAGCAGCCGGGGGUCCAGCAGCCGGGGGUCCAGCAGCCGGGGGUCCAGCAACCGGGGGUCCAGCAACCAGGGGUCCAGCAACCGGGGGUCCAGCAGCCGGGGGUCCAGCAACCGGGGGUCCAGCAGCCGGGGGUCCAGCAACCGGGGGUCCAGCAACCGGGGGUCCAGCAACCAGGGGUCCAGCAACCGGGGGUCCAGUCUCAAACGUAACCCUGGAGCCUCAGAGGACUUCUUUUCUUUUCUUUGUUUUUCGGACUCUCGAUCAGCUGACUGAAGGACCUCAAACUGGACUCACAGACUCGCAGCCAAUCAGCUCCCUCCGCUCAGUCCUGUAUCCGGGCGGGUUUCAGAUGAUCCACCCUCCUCCGAGCACUCCGAUUGGCUCUCGUGGAGAGUCGACACGGGGGAGGAGGGACGGGGGAUGUGGAGACUCCGCCUCUCUCUUGAUGUCAUCACCGGGCAGCUGGACUAACUAUGACAUCACCGUUAGCGAAGACGAGCUCAGCGUGAGGAAAUGUUCGGUCGCCUUUAGGAUCCUUUAACUUCCAACACAAAGUAUUUAAAGAACACGAUAACGCCGGAGGUCUCCGUCAGUACGGAGAACCACCAGCUGAACGUCAGAGUCCGUCGUUCAGCCGCGAGCAGGGCGUCACCGCGGCGUUAAACUGGAUCUUAACAGGUUCUAUGAGGUUCUUCUUCAUAGUCAGUGUGUUAGCGACAUUAGAACCAGGCAGUAGAACCACACAGUAGAACCAGACAAUAGAACCAGACAGUAGAACCAGGCAGUAGAACCACACAGUAGAACCAGACAAUAGAACCAGACAGUAGAACCAGACAGGAGAACCAGGCAGUAGAACCAGACAGGAGAACCAGGCAGUAGAACCAGACAGGAGAACCAGACAGUAGAACCAGACAGGAGAACCGGACAGUAGAACCGGACAGGAGAACCAGCACAGGGACGGGAGCAGGAGCAACACGGGUUUCGGGGUCGCGUCUAGAAGUUGCGAAAAGUUCUAAUUCCAGCGUAGCUUGCGGGGGGGGGAGGAUGUUCUACUGUCCACUGUACUGUACUUUGUUAUUGUCAUCUAUAGCGGUUAUUAGUUGUUAUGAAGUUAAACGGGUCAUACUUCUCUCUCUAAUAUCUAUUUUAUUUUACUGUGAAGGCCUCUCCUUCAAACUGGAUUUAUUAUUUAUUUAUUUCAAGUUUCUCGCCGAUGAUUUUCCGAGAUGACAUUUGAACACAUCAUGAUAACGUUGUAAUUUACCUUCACCCAAUAAUCAUUUUACUGAGCAGAGCUUGAACGCCUCAUAACAAUAACUCAAUGGCACCCCCGUUAACGGUCGUAUCUCCGUUAUUUAACCAGUCAGGACUGUGCGGCUAACGGCUGCUAACAGCUAACGUUACUAACUCUGCUAGCUAGCUUCAGGCCUCAGGUAGGGUUCGGGUCUUUAACGUGCUGGUUCAGGUCUCUUGCAGAACUCUGACUUGUAGUCUGUCAGUAAGCCGUGAAUCUAAAUGUCCGUCUGUCCGUGCUGCUGAAUGACCGAUGAGGGUCACGUUUCCUUCGCGGUGGUGGUCUUGGUGAUGGUCUUGGUGAGGAACAGGAUCCUAAAGGUGACCGGCCACUCGCACACCGUCGUGGCAAUACUACCAAAAAACAAAAAAGAAGAAGAAGAGUUACCAUGACGACUACUGAACUGACGUCACAACAUCCCGACGUUUCACUGGAACGAGCUGGGCCGGACUUUUAUUGAUUCAGACUCUGGUCCUGAGUGAGACUGGGAACACUGGAACUGGGACCUGAACGCCCUGCGGGGACACUUCCAUGAUGUCAAAACAGCGAGGGGGGGUGGGUGGGGGUAUACUAAUACUGCACACUGAAGGACAGAUGAACUGUGACGUGUCAUCACCUGUUAAUAAACAGAGUGGGCGGGACUAA